AUGGCGAUCGACUGGGUGCAAAUCGAAUCAAACACCUCGGUGCUGCACGAUGAAUUCUUGGCUCAUCGAAUGGGCCUGAUCCCAUUGACCUCAGAGAAGGCUAUUGACAAGCUGAUUUAUACCAGGGACUGCGAAUGUGACAACUUUUGCCAGCGCUGUUCCGUUGAGUUCAACCUGGAGGUGCGUUGUCGUGAAGACGCGACGCGGGCAGUGACAACCGCUGAUUUGGAAUCUCAAAACACCGAGGUUGUGCCAGCGUGUGGCAUUUAUGCGAAUGGCAGAAGCGGCGCCGACGAUCAAACAAAUGACGAUAUCAUGAUUGUGAAAUUGCGGAAAGGGCAGGAGGUGAAGAUGAAAUGCUACGCGAAAAAGGGGUUUGGAAAAGAACACGCGAAAUGGAACCCGACAGCCACCGUGUCCUUUGAGUACGAUCCGGAUAAUGCGCUUCGGCAUACAGUGUUUGCUAAAGCAAGUGACUGGCCUGCUAGCCCGAAUUCCGAGAUGCAAAAUGGUGAACAGGCUCCUUUUGAUCCGAAUGGCCGCCCAAAUAAGUUCUUCAUUGCCGUCGAAGCCGCUGGUCAGAUGCCGGCAUCGCAAAUCGUCAUCCAAGGAGCGCAAGUCCUCGUUCGAAAGCUCGAAGAUCUGCGACAAGCGCUUGCCAAGGAAAUGAGUAACACCCAAAUGCAU